CUACCUAAGUGAGGCAUGCGUGCGGCGUGACGCGCCUGCGUAGUGGGAGGGCGCAGCGGCAGCUGAGGCAGUGGUCGGCGACUGGCGUUCUCAUCUCGGCCACCAUGAGCACCAAGCAGGUCACUUGCAGGUACUUCAUGCACGGGGUAUGCCGGGAGGGCAGCCAGUGCCUGUUCUCACAUGACCUGGCCAACAGCAAGCCAUCCACCAUCUGCAAGUACUACCAGAAGGGCUGCUGUGCCUAUGGGACACGAUGCAGGUAUGAUCACACGAGGCCCUUGGCUGCAGCUGGGGGGGCUGUGGGCCCCCCACCCCCUAUUGGGCCCUCUGCAGCCUUUUCGGGUCUUCAUCCUCCUUCUGUCCUUACUGUGGCUGCCAUGAAGACACCGUCCCAAGAGUCUGGGCGUCGGGACAAGAGGACACUGGUGCUCAGAGACCGGAAUCUCUCCGGCCUGGCUGAAGAGAAGACUCCCCCAGGCACGGCCCUGAGUAACCCAGGCAGCUGCAGCAACCCCCAGCUUGGCCCUGAGAUGAAGCCCCACUCCUACCUGGACGCCAUCAGGAGUGGCCUUGAUGAUGUAGAGGCCAGCAGCUCCUACAGCAGCGAGCAGCAGCUGUGCCCCUACGCUGCAGCUGGGGAGUGCCGCUUCGGGGAUGCCUGUGUCUACCUACAUGGGGACAUGUGUGACAUCUGCAGGCUCCAAGUCCUGCACCCUUUUGACUCAGAGCAGAGGAGAGCUCAUGAGAAGGUCUGCAUGGCGACCUUCGAGGUGGAGAUGGAGAAGGCUUUUGCCUUCCAGGCGAGCCAGGACAAGGUGUGCAGCAUCUGCAUGGAGGUGAUCCUUGAGAAGGCGUCGGCCUCCGAGAGGAGGUUUGGGAUCCUGUCCAGCUGCAAUCACACCUACUGCCUGUCCUGCAUCCGCCAGUGGCGCUGUGCCAAGCAGUUUGAAAACCAGAUCAUUAAGUCUUGUCCAGAAUGCCGUGUAAUAUCCGAGUUUGUUAUUCCAAGUGUGUACUGGGUAGAAGAUCAGAAUAAAAAGAACGAGUUGAUUGAAGCUUUUAAGCAGGGGAUGGGGAAAAAAGCCUGCAAAUACUUUGAGCAAGGCAAAGGGACCUGCCCAUUUGGAAGCAAAUGCCUCUACCGCCACGCUUACCCUGACGGACGGCUGGCAGAGCCCGAGAAGCCCCGCAAACAGCUCAGCUCUGAAGGCACAGUGAGGUUCUUUAAUUCAGUACGGCUCUGGGAUUUCAUCGAGAACCGGGAGACCCAGCAGGUCCCCAGCACUGAAGACGUGGACAUGACUGAGCUUGGGGACCUCUUCAUGCACCUUUCUGGUGUGGACUCAUCGGAUCCCUGAAGGCAGCAGCUGCCCUGCACCUUGGGCACUGAAGGCCCCAACUCUGCCAGGUUGGCUCGGGCAGGUUGUCUUUGCUCUUGGUCUCAUCCACUCCAGUACAACAGUCCAGGGACACGAGGAGGAUAUAAAAUAACCUACUAAGCAUAUGCAAUCACUACUUUUAUAGUUGAUAUCUUAGUUGCACCUGCAGCCCCUCAUGGGGACCAGUUAACUGUUUGGACUGUUCUGCUUGCUUUUAGGGCAACCUGGCUCCUGUCCUUUUUGAUCUUUUUUCUCCUCAGAAACAGUAAAAUGGUAGCUAAAGCAGCAGAUUCAUUUUUCUUACCAAAGGAUUCUACAAACUUGCAAAAGGACUCCUAUGGUAAAGCUCCCCAGUGCAUUAAACAGCAUUUUGACUUCUGUAUAAGAACACUUGACACAAAUUAUGUGCUGCGCUGAGUCCUUCCAGUGUCCC